AUGGAGUCCCCACGAUCUGAGAGGUCUCAGACCAGAUUCAGCACGCCGGUCUCGGACCUGGAUGACCACCGCCGCCAGCCGUCAUCACUACCCCGAGCGGAGGCCAAUGCUGCGCAUACACGACGCCCAACCUUUUUGAGCGUCUCCGGAGAGCGACCAGAUCUUCUUGAUCUCAUUAACGAAGAGCAGCGGCAAAAAUUGGCUACAGCAAACCAAAACAAUGAACAGGCGGUAACGGACGGUGAUAGCAUGAGUGUAGUAGGAUCGGUUCGCGACUUCCAAGCUCUAACCGGCAGACGGCCUUCUGCUGCACACCAGACCCCACGGCAUAAAGGAGGUCGACGAACUCAAAACCCCGAGGGCCCCCGAUCCCGAUCAUCCUCGCAGAGCUCACGAUCGACGUCUCCCCCGAACUCCGUCGACGCUUUUGCAGACCCUCGUCGACGUGAACGAGCCAAUACUCUUGAAAGCAAAGUUGCAUCUGAGCUAGAUCUUUGCUUGAAUCGGACGGUAUCCAAUGGCACUCACAGGCGCUUAACGGUCUUCUCGGACGGGAGCGCCGGGCGACCUGAGAUCCAGGAUGACAUUUCAAAGUGCACCUCUGUGGGUUCGGUGGAGGAAGAUGUCUGUUUCCCCCAGCCCGAGGAGCCAACAAAGACCAGCCCCAUUGACUUUGAGGAGUUGGAGGAGUUUGUUGCUGAACUCGCACGAGCUAAAGCUCUGCGGCCUGAUUUCCAAUGGCGCAAACAGAGUUUCAUGGAUCCCAACCGGAGAGGGAAAGUUUUCAAUGGUCUUGGCCAAGGGGCCUCCUUGACUGAUAUCCCAAAUCUCGACUCCAGCGAAACCAAGGAGACCGCUGUUGGCCGUGUCUCUAGCGAAGAUACUUCUGGCAUUGACGAAAAGGAAGAGGCGGUGAGGCAGACAAAGGAGCUCGAAGCAGAACACAAUCGAUUUAGCUUCUUCUCUUCCGAACUUGACUCUACUGUUCACGCGGCUGAGCUAGGAGAUCUCGUGCUUCCGGGAGAAUCGUUCCGUGAUCUUUUCGAGCUUGAUCCUGAGGGCGGUGUCUGGUGGCUUGACGUCCUUAACCCUUCUGAAGACGAGGUAAACGCUAUCUCUAGGGCGUUUUCUAUCCACCCUCUUACCUCUGAGGAUAUCAAGACCCAGGAAACCCGUGAAAAGGUGGAGCUUUUCAAGCAGUACUAUUUUGUUUGCUUCCGCUCCUUCUUUCAGAUGGACAAGAAGAGCGAGGAAUACAUGGAACCACUCAACGUUUACAUUGUCGUUUUCAGAGAGGGCGUCUUGAGCUUUACCUUUUCCUCGAGUCCACAUGCUGCAAAUGUUCGGAAGCGUAUCGGCAGGCUACGGGACUACGUGUCCCUGAGCAGCGAUUGGAUUUGCUACGCAUUAAUCGACGACAUUGUCGACAACUUCGGCCCGGUUAUUCAUGACAUUGAAAGAGAGACUGAUCAGAUCGAGGAUUCCGUCUUCGUGGCUCGCACGGACGACUUUAGGAUUUUGCUUCAGCAAAUUGGCGAAUGUCGCAAGAAGGUCAUGAGUUUGAUGCGACUUCUUGGCGGUAAAGCCGAUGUCAUCAAGGGCUUCGCCAAGCGAUGCAACGAGCAGUAUUCGAUCACACCGCGUGGAGAGAUUGGUCUCUAUCUUGGUGACAUUCAAGAUCACGUUGUGACAAUGAUGUCCAACUUGGGUCAUUUCGAGAAGAUGCUCUCGCGCUCACACUCAAACUACCUUGCUCAGCUCAGUGUCGACAGCAUCGCGCAGGGCAACCGUGCCAACGAGGUCCUCAGCAAGAUCACCCUCAUCGCUACCAUUCUCGUUCCUCUCAACUUCAUCUGCGGUUUGUUUGGAAUGAAUGUGCCCGUACCUGGCGAAAAACAAGACACUCUUGGGCCCUUUUUUGGUAUCAUCGGUUUCAUUCUAAUAGUAGUGUCGAUCAGCCUAUUCUUUGCCAAGCGAUACCGCUAUAUUUGA